CUUUCAGGUUCCAACAUCUCCUCUGUCAAGAUGUGGUUCCUCAAACUCUUUGCAGUGCUCAUGCUCUGCCUAUUGCUCCCGGACCAGGUCAAUGGCUCCCCAGUACCAGAACUGAGUGACUCAAAGAUAAGGCUUCGGAGAAUGACCCCAUUCUGGAGAGGGGUUUCCCUCAGACCCAUUGGAGCUGCCUGCCGAGAUGAUUCUGAGUGCAUCACCAGACUAUGCAGAAAAAGACGCUGCUCCCUGAGUGUGGCCCAGGAAUGAUGGACAUCCCAAGAAGAGUGAAGAGUGCUCAUAUGCAACAAUGCUCCGUUCUAAGGAAUAUUGAUUAACCAUUCUUGUUGGAGAGCAGAUGAAGCCAUCUUGUGUUUUUAAUAUUUAAAAACAGAUGUAUGCCUUAAGUUGGUCUCCGUUUCUUCUUAGCAUGUUGAUAUGUAGAUAAGCUUAUCUAAACUUGUCAAUUCAGAGUUUAUUUUUUUAUGUAUACUAUUAAAUGUCUCAAAUAGAAACUUU